AUGCGGCAUGCGCACGCUCCGCGCGUGCUUGACUGGUGUUUGGCGAAGCGCAUCACGCGCUAUCGCAAGGGGACUGCGACGCUGAAGAUCACGAUGAAGCCUUCCCGAGAUGAAAACGCAGCGCCGCGACCUGAUGCGUUCAGUGACGCCGACUUUUCGGGUGACAGGGCAUACGUAAAGUCGAUGAUGGGCGGCGUGCUCCUACUGAAUGGUAAGCCAGUAAGCCGGGGCGCGCGCAAGCCGGGGGGCGUGUCGCUGUCGAAAUUGGAGGCAGAGUUUGUGGCUGCCAGCGCGAUCGCGCGGGAAAUGCUAGGGGUGCGAGAGAUGCUAAUGGAGAUCGGGCUUGCUCCAGCUCUGCCUAUGCAGCUACAAGUCGUUAACUAA